AUGGCCGAAGAGUCCCCUGCCGCAUCGGCGCUCGCUGGUGAGUCGUCGGUUGAGUGCGCUCCUGCCGAUGCCAACAUUGAUGCUGCCGAAUCGGUGCCUGGAGCUGCCAAAGAGAGCAAAGCGGAGGCAGCCAAUGGAUCAGAGGAAAAACCAUCUGACGAUGCGACUGGCUCUGUUGAAAAGAAUCAGCCAACGGAAGCCCCAACUGAUGAACCCAACGCGCCCGCGGAGUCCACUGACGCGAAAGAGUCCACCGAGGCUGCUGCCGCCCCGGCUGAGCUUGAAGCCGCUCCCGCCCGAGACACCAAUGGAGCUCCAGGAUCGACCAAGAAAUCCGGUAGUUCCAAGCGUAAAUCCACUGGCACCGCUCCGGAACACAAGUCCAAGCUUAGCAGGAAGAAGUCGCAGGUUCGCAUCACCCACCUGAACGCAAAACCGGGGGAGUACUAUCUCGCGCGUCUUCGAAGCUAUCCCCCAUGGCCAUCCAUCGUCUGCGAUGAAGAGAUGCUUCCUCAAAGCCUGUUGAGCUCGCGUCCUGUGAGCGCUCAGCGGCCCGAUGGUACUUAUAGGGACGACUACGCUGAUGGGGGCAAGCGCGCUCACGAGAGAACCUUCCCCAUCAUGUUCUUUGACACCAACGAAUUCGCUUGGGUCACGAAUACGGACCUGACUCCUCUGGAUCCCAACACCUGCAAGGAUGUACCCGAGAAAGGUAAGACGAAAUCGCUCGUGGCGGCUUACGCGGUGGCAGCUGAAGGCAACGACCUCCAAUAUUUUAAGACCCUGCUGGCAGAUCACCAACGUGCCAUGGAGCAGGAGCAGGAGGAGCGUGAAGCCAAGCAGGCCGCAAAGGCUGCCUCUAAAGCUGAAAGAGAAGCCAAGAAAAACAAGCGUAAGAGCAUGGAGAUAAUCGAUGAUGAGGAUGCGGAUAUGGAAGAUGCAGGCGAGAAGAAGUCGAAGAGCUCGAAGAAACGAAAGAAGGAUGCUGAGGCCGAAGGUGACGAGAAACCUGCUAAGACGCCGAAGACCGCCACCAAAUUGAAAUUAACUACUCCCAAGACGCCAGCAAGUGAAAAGAAAGCCCCUGCUUCGGGUAAGGCCAAGCAGACCGCCAGCAACAGGAAAUCUGACAAGACCGGCGAAGAGGAGAAAGAAGGAACCCCUGGGGCGUCCAAGGGACCCGAAAAGAAGGUGAACCCCGAAGAGGCAAAGGACAGGAAGGAGAAAGAAAUUCUUUUCGUUCGCCACAAGCUCCAAAAGGGCUUCAUUUCUCGCGACCAGCCCCCCAAGGAGGAGGAAAUGACCACGAUGUCCGGCUACUUUACCAAGCUGGAGAACUACGGCGAUUUGGAGGUGGCAAUCAUUCGUGCCACCAAGAUCAACAAGGUCCUGAAGAUGAUCGUGAGGCUUAGCUCCAUCCCGCGUGACGAGGAAUUCCAGUUCCGACGCCGUGCCAUGGACCUUUUGUCCAAGUGGAAGACCGUGCUUGACGCGGAUGCCCCGGCGAGUGCUGCCGAGGAUAAGGACAAGGACGACAAACUCAAGGCUAACGGUGUCCACAAGGAAGACAGCGUAGACACCCCUGUGAGGGCUGAUACCGAGGGUGAAAAGGAAGACGAGCCGAAGAACGAACAGGAUACUGCUGAGCCUCAGGACGAACCGAUGGCCGAUGCUGCGGAAAAGCCGCAGGCCCCCGAGCCAGCGAAGGAGGAAUCCGAACCAGCGGGACCCAAGGACGAAGCGCCCGCGGCAGAGAAGGCUCCCGAAGACAAGGCAAAAGACGAAGCCAUCGUGGGAGAGAAAGCGGAGGAAAAAGCCGAAAAGGCGGCGGAAGCAACUGCGUAG